UGCAGCCAGUGCAGCCGCCGAUGGAUGCUGCGGGAAGGUGCUGCCAUUUGCAGCCGCUUGGACCAGCGGCUCGACGAAGGGGCUCCAUUCUGGCUGCGACGGAAGCAGCUUGCCCGCCGCCCUGCCUCUGUCCCCGGCUCAAGCCGAUCUCCUGAGCUGGUAGUUCCCGUCGCUUUUUCCUCUCCGCCGGCUGCUGCUGCUGUCCUUUCAGCACCGCGAUGAACCCAGCUUCAGCAGCCGGGGAGGAGAAAGGGGCUGCAGGAGGCAGCGGUCCCGGCGGCAGCACGUGCCGUGGGGCCGAAGGCGGAGGGGACCCUCGCAGUGCUACCUCCCCGGCGGCCGACCCAGAGGAGCCUGGACUAACCGGUCAGAAGGAGGACUCUCUGGAAGAGAAGCUGAAGAGUUUAACCUUCAGGAAACAGGUGUCUUACAGGAAAGCAAUCUCCAGGUCUGGCCUUCAACAUCUGACUCCUGUUCAAAACCUCAACCUGGGCAUCAGUAAUGGACCUGUGAAGGAGCCGAGAAUGGCACUAGAAUGGAGUGAAAAUGCAAUAAAUGGCGAACAUCUCUGGCUGGAGACCAAUGUAUCUGGGGAUCUGUGUUACCUGGGAGAGGAAGGCUGCCAAGUUAAAUUCUCAAAGUCCGCUGUUCGAAGAAAAUGUGCUGCCUGCAAGAUUGUGGUCCACAACGCCUGCAUGGAGCAACUGGAAAAGAUUAACUUCCGGUGCAAGCCAACUUUUCGAGAAGGCAGUUCUAGAUCUCCAAGAGAGAAUUUUGUUCGACAUCACUGGGUUCACAGAAGGCGACAGGAAGGGAAAUGUAAACAAUGUGGAAAGGGAUUUCAACAAAAAUUCUCCUUUCAUAGUAAAGAGAUUGUGGCUAUCAGCUGUUCAUGGUGCAAGCAAGCGUUUCACAAUAAAGUCACCUGCUUCCUGUUGCAGCACAUUGAGGAGCCUUGUUCCCUAGGAGCUCACGCUGCUGUUAUUGUUCCCCCCACCUGGAUCAUUAAGGUGAAGAAGCCUCAGGUGGUCUCCACACCAGGAGACGAACCUGAUUGGGCGGGAGACUGGAGCCCCGGAAGGAAAACGGGCGUCUCCUACCUGAAAUGGGAGGGUUGGCAGAAUUCACUGAAAAAUUCGACCAGGCGGAAGAAAAGAACUUCUUUUAAAAGGAAAGUCAGUAAAAGAGGAAAUGAGGAGAACAAAGGGCGACCUUUUGUGAUUAAGCCUAUCUCUUCCCCUCUCAUGAAACCCUUGCUUGUAUUUGUGAAUCCAAAAAGUGGAGGGAAUCAGGGUACUAAAGUGCUCCAGAUGUUUAUGUGGUACUUGAAUCCUCGUCAGGUUUUUGACUUAUCUCAGGAAGGACCAAGAGAUGCGCUUGAGUUGUACAGAAAAAUGCCAAAUCUGCGAAUCCUGGCUUGUGGUGGCGAUGGAACAGUUGGCUGGAUCCUCUCCAUUCUGGAUGAGUUACAGUUGAAUCCCCAACCUCCUGUGGCUGUACUUCCACUCGGCACUGGGAAUGAUCUUGCUCGCACUCUCAACUGGGGAGGGGGAUAUACUGAUGAACCUGUUGCGAAAAUUCUCUGUCAUGUAGAAGAUGGAGCCAUUGUUCAAUUAGAUCGUUGGAAUCUUCAAGUGGAGAGAAACCCUGAUUUGCCCCCAAAUGAACUUGAAGAUGGAACACAUAAGCUCCCCCUCAAUGUUUUCAAUAAUUACUUCAGCCUCGGAUUUGAUGCCCAUGUCACGCUGGAAUUCCAUGAAUCUCGAGAGGCAAAUCCUGAAAAAUUCAACAGCCGGUUUCGAAAUAAAAUGUUUUAUGCCGGGGCAGCUUUUUCAGAUUUCCUUCAGAGAAGCUCUAGAGAUUUAUCCAAACACGUGAAAGUUGUGUGUGAUGGGACUGACUUGACUUCCAAGAUUCAAGAGCUGAAAUUUCAAUGUAUAGUAUUUUUAAACAUACCCAGGUAUUGUGCUGGCACAAUGCCCUGGGGUAAUCCAGGAGACCAUAGAGAAUUCGAACCUCAGAGACAUGAUGAUGGUUACAUUGAGGUCAUUGGAUUCACCAUGGCAUCCUUGGCUGCUCUUCAAGUAGGAGGUCAUGGAGAGAGGUUACAUCAGUGUCGGGAAGUGACUCUACUAACAUAUAAGUCCAUCCCCAUGCAAGUGGAUGGUGAACCAUGUCGGCUGGCUCCAUCGCUUAUCCGAAUCUCCCUUAGGAACCAGGCCAAUAUGGUGCAGAAAAGCAAGAGAAGGACAUCCAUGCCUAUGCUCAAUGACAUCCAAAAAGUGUCGCCCGUUGACCUGAGGAGAGUUUCGGCUCCCCCUGAUUCUUUUACCAUCCCCCACGCCAUCCCGGAUCGCCUGCGAAUCAGAGUGAAUAGGAUUAGCUUGCAAGAUUACGAGGGACUGCAUUAUGACAAGGAAAAACUCCGAGAAGUUUCUAUUCCACUGGGAAUUAUAGUUGUCCGAGGAGAUUGUGACUUGGAGACUUGUCGCAUCUAUGUGGAUCGCUUGGAGGAGGAUUUGCAGUCUGUAUCUUCAACAACACAGAGAGUCCACUACCAGGACCAGGAAAGCUCAUUCCCAAGAGUAUUGUCUGUUCAGAGACUAUCCCCUAGAUGGUGCUUCCUAGAUGCAACUUCUGCUGACCGCUUUUACCGCAUCGACAGAUCUCAGGAACAUUUGCACUUUGUGACAGAAAUAUCACAGGAUGAGAUUUUUAUCUUGGAUCCAGAAUUGGGGACAGCUCAACCAGCAGGGACACCUCCAGGAAUGCCUGACCUGGUGGUAGAGCAGGCUUCUGGAAUGUCCGAUCGGUGGAAUCCUGCUAUUCGAAAGCGCAUGUUGAGUGACAGCGGUUUGGGCAAGAUGUCCCCUCAUUAUGAAGUACCUGAGAAACAAAAGGAGGCCAGCCAGGCUCACCUGCUACAGUCUCCUGUUUCUUCAGAAGAUCAAGCACUUUUACAGUCAGUAAUAGCUGGCGAUUUUCUAAGAUUUGUAGAAUGCUGUAAAAAAGGAACUAGUUUAUUAAUCCGGGGACCUGACCACUGUUCCUUGCUUCAUCAUGCAGCAAAGACUGGGCAUGGUGAGAUUGUAAAAUACAUUCUAGAACACGGUCCUUCUGAGUUACUGGAUAUGACAGAUAGCGAAACGGGUGAGACAGCGUUGCACAAGGCAGCUUGCCAACGCCACCGUGGCAUCUGCCAGCUGCUGGUAGAGGCAGGGGCAUCGUUGAGGAAAAUGGACUCCAAGGGUAAGACACCUCGAGACAGGGCCCAGCAGGCUGGGGAUCCAGAUUUAGCCUCCUACUUGGAGAGUCAUCAGAAUCAUCCAGUAGUGCCCCACGAGGAUCUAGAGACUGCCGUGUGAUCUCUGUGGUGUGCAAGAGAAAACUCUAGGAAAUGACAAAGCUGCACCUGAGGUACUCUUGAGGUGUCAUGUGAGGAAGAAGCAAAUGGAACCACCAGUCUCGCUCUCCUGCAAACUCUGAGAAGAAGCCACAUGUUUCUAAGGGCUAUGGAGACUUGCCACGGAACUGUUCCCACAUGUCAGCUUGUAGGGAUAAAGAAGGAGACUCAAAGGCCUGGAGAAUCCAUAGGCCAAGGAAAUGUAUUCUCACUGCUCUCCCUCAGUAGCAUGAAUGUCUCCCAUGUUCCUCUUGUAGAAUCUAUUUGAAUAAGCAACAGCAACUCAAAAUGUGGGGGGAAGAAACAGAAACAACACAAACAUUCAUAAUCCAGGCAAACAUUUAUCUUCUUCUAACUCUUGCCAUGAAAAUCUUGUGUUUCCCAUCCUCCAUUUCUCUCACUUUCAUACUUUAUAUUCUUGUUUCAGAUGCUAUGUUGCACAUCAGUAAACCAGCAUCUGUGUCUUUGUGCUAAAGUUUUCACCAUUCUUGAUUA